AGGAAGCGUAGGGGGGAGGAUAGUGGUCACAAGGGGAGGGGAGGCGAGCGAAAAUGAUCUCCCCUCCCCGAACAGUUUCCCUUCCCACAAAACACACACACACACACACACACUCCAUAGUCCAUAUUUAAAUGUCUCUUUACCCUUGGGCCACCCUCUCUCUCUCUCUCUCUCUCUCUCUCUCUCUCUCUGUCUUUCAUGGUAUUGCAUACUUUCCUUGGGAUAGAAAAUCCACAGAGUUUCUACAGCCUGUAGGCUCAAAGUCUCCUCAUCUGCACAGAGUGCUCCAGGAUCAAGAGAGGAGCCAUGUCAAGUGCAGGUGCAUGGGGCUGUCUGUUGCUGUGCCUCUCUGGCCUUCUCCUCUUGCCACCCUUCCAUUCUGGGGUCCAUGCCGGUAAAGUCCUGGUCUUUCCUGUGGAUGGUAGCCACUGGGUGAACAUGAAGCUCCUCAUCCAGGGCCUCCACGAGCGGGGACACCAGAUCACGGUGGUCCGGACGGCCAGCACCUGGUACAUCAAGGAGGAGUCCCCGCACUACGAGUCCAUCACUGUCGCCUUGCCCGAGGCCAUCAACAUCGAGGACGAGGACUUCUUUGUGUCCCUCCUCAGCAGGAUGCUGGAGAUCCAGAGGGCCGGCGCGUCGCCGCUGGCCUACGCCUCCUUCUGGUGGGUGAUUCUUAACGGGCUGUCGGACAUCCACCGGCAGGGCAGCCAACUGGCCGUGGAGAUGUUUGAGAACCGGCCACUGAUGGACCGUCUGCGGGAGGCGCAGUACGACCUGGUGCUGACGGACCCGGGCCUGGCGGCGGGCGUUCUGGUGGCCCAUGAGCUCCAGCUGCCCACGGUGUUUAACGUGCGUUGGAUCACAAGUGGCGAGGGUCACUUUGUUGUAGCCCCCUCGCCCAUCUCCUACGUCCCCACGUCGGGCUCCAACGUGUCCGACAGGAUGAGCUUCGCCGACCGCUUGAAGAACGCUCUGCAGUACCUCCUCAACGUCUGCAUCGACCGCUACGUGGUCUGCCCGCACUAUGACCGCAUCGUGGCCAAGUACUUCGGCCCAGACGUGAACUUCUACCACCUGCUGCAGGCCAGUGACCUCUGGCUGAUGCGCGUCGACUUCGUGUUUGAGUUCCCACGGCCGACCAUGCCUAACAUCGUCUACAUCGGCGGCUUCCAGUGCAAGCCAGCCGAACCGCUCCCCGAUGACCUGGAGGCGUUCGUUCAGGGCUCGGGGGAGCACGGUGUCAUCCUGAUGUCCCUGGGCACGCUGGUCAAAGCCCUGCCCAUCGAGAUCACCUCGGAGAUCGCCGCCGCCUUCGCCCGCCUCCCACAGCGAGUCAUCUGGAGAUACCCGGGUGAGCGCCCCAACAACCUGGGCAACAACACCCUCCUGGUCAAGUGGAUGCCCCAGAACGACCUGCUGGGGCACCCCAAGGUGCGGGCCUUCGUGGCACACGGAGGCACCAACGGAAUCUAUGAGGCCCUGUACCACGGCGUGCCCAUCGUUGGCGUGCCGCUCCUCUUCGACCAGUUCGAGAAUGUGCUGAGACUCGAGGUCCGUGGUGCGGCCAAGGUGCUCGACACUUCCAAGAUCGACCGGCAGAAUUUCUGGGAGGCGCUGCAGGAGGUGCUUCACUCGCCCUCGUACAGGGAGAACAUGCAGCGCCUUUCCCGUCUCCAUAGAGACCGGCCCAUGCACCCCUUAGACAGCGCCAUCUACUGGACCGAGUUUGUCAUGCGGCACAAAGGGGCCGCGCAUUUGCGCACAGAGUCAUACAAGAUGCCCUGGUAUGCGUACCACUCAGUGGAUGUGGUCGUGUUCUUGUGUGUGGUGUUGACAGGGAUUCUGGGUAUUGUAGUCUUCACAAUUCGCUUCCUGUGUCUCAGACUGUGCAAAAGAGGCAAGUCAAAGGUGGAAUGAAGGGAAACUAUGCAAUCAUGUGGGGUUUUGUUGUCAAGCUUUAAAAAAUGCAAUGGAAGUAAUAAUGCAUUUCUGAAGGAAGAGUGAAUAUAUGUUUCUCAUUAAGCUUUUACAUUGUUGUCUUUUAUUGCCAGUAAAAUGUAAGAAUUCGAAUACGCAGUAGUCAUUUCUUCAGAAUGACCUGAUUGCUGUAACUCUAGAGGCAAGCUUUACCUUACACUUCAAAAUGUUGUACAAAAAGCUUUACCUUACACUACAAAAUAUAAAAAAAUGUAUAUACGCUAUAAAAUGUUUAUUUACCCUAAUAAGUGUUCAUUGUCUUAAACCAAAAAAACACAAAGGGAUUCUUACAUUUAAACACCUAACCAAACCUUUGAAAACUAUUGAAAUGGUUUUAGAAACUCUUAAUCAAAGGAUAGACCUCCAAAGAGUUUAAGAUGAAGGGUUUGAUAUUGUUUUCUUGUUUUCUACAAUGAACAGUUUUAUAAAGCUGAAAACUUUAAGGGUAUAGAAUAUACACCCUCAUUGUUAUUUUCGGAGAAUGCACUCAAGGAGUUGGUCCAAUUUCUCUCUUUAUCUUAAAGCUCAAUCCUACUCCUUAAAGCUAUUUAUUUUAAUGCUCAAUCCUUGCUUUCACAGCUGUAAAAAAAACAACACUUAAUUGGACCAAAAGAAACCUAUACUCCCUGGAAGAAGAAAUGGUUUUGUUUGUAAGAAAGAUGAUUCCACAGACUACUCUGGUGUGGAAUGAGACUAUAACCCAGUACAUAAGCUUCUGAUGUAAUGCUAUGAGAUGAUAUCAGUUACUGCACAAAUCUGGUUGCUACAGCUUCAGAUACUUUGUACUUCAUACUGUACUAUGUAUUUCAUACUUCUUUUUAAUUAUUAUUAUUAUUUAGCAAUGGUUUGGAAAUUAACACUUGCAUUGUAAUUCAUUAAUAGAAAUGGCAUCAAAUAUUAUUUUGUGGGUUUUAAUGAUACAAAGAGGAAUGUAAAUGGUGAAACACAUUUGAAAUAUCAAAACAUUUAAUGUAAUACCAGAGUGUUGUACUGUGAAACUAUCAAAAAUUAAUUUCUCAGUGGUUCUUGAAGCCAACGAUGACUCUACUAUACAUUUUUCACAACAAUAAACCCUUGCCUUGUUUGUCCAUGGCACAUGGCACACAGGUUGUGGUCUGUACAUUCUGGUACUUUUAAAUUCUCUCUCCUCAUAUUCUAUGACAACAUUUCAGAUGACACUAGACAAAAGUACUAGAGUAUAUCUACUGUAAAGGUCAGUUGAUUUUGUAAUCAUUAAUGUAAGAAAGGCUGUAUAGUCUACCUAUUAUAGUUCAAAACACACUGUUGUCAGAAAUAGCAAUGGACUUCAAUAAGCAUCAUAGUUAAGAGUGUCAAAAAACUCUUCUGUUCUGCUGUUGUACUGACAACCAGCAGAGGGCACUGUGUGUCAAAGUGUUGCAGUGUUCUGGUUCCUCUGUUGCCAUAGCAACCUACAGGGCCUUCUCACAUAUCCAUCUGUAGUGGGUGUGGCAGGGUGCGUCCAUCCAGCUGUUGAGCUCCGUCUCGGCCGUGUCAAUGUGGCCACAGUCCUCUCCCUGCUCAUUGGACACGCGCCAAUCAUCCGGCUCACUGGUGCCGUCAGCCCGCUGAACCCAGUACCUGUGAAGAGUUUUGUUUGAUUGAUUGAUUGAUGGAUUGAUUGAUUGAUUUUGUUUCAUUCCAAAAGCAAAUCAUCAAUAGUCAACUCACUGUUUUAGCUUUAUUCAAGUAUACUAUGUUAACUGAGCAGGAGUGUACAAAUUCCUUCUGUCAUCAAUUUCUGAAUGUUCUCAAUUUUCCAGACGUUUCUUAAUUAACAGUACUAUUUUCUCAGCAGUAAUAAAAUGAAUAUGGACAUGUGUAA